GACUGUGCAUGGCUAUAAGGUGUGGGCUUACGUUUCUCAGUACUGGCUGUGUUGUAACAUAGGAAAAUAACAAACUACUGGACCCAAGAUCAGAGACGUAGCCUACUGAUCAAGUAUGCGCUUAAUUGGAGUACACUGGCGAGGUGUCCCCUGCAUCACCGCCGGGAUCACGUUUUCGUAAUGUUCAAUACUUCGGGCGUCGAUCCCACUUUCAAUAAGAGAGAGGAUGUUUCCGAAGUUAUCAAUGGCACUCUGGAGCUUUUCUAUAACGUCCCCGUCACAGCUGGUCCAACAGCCAUGUGGAACGAUACGUGCGGGGAGCCACUACUUGAUUUCGGCAGUGGAGAGAAGAUAAUUAUCGGAGUGAUGUUGGCUAUCAUCACAGCGGUCACUGUGAUGGGAAACACAUUGGUUGUCAUAGCGGUUUGCGUGGUGAAAAAAUUAAGACAACCGUCAAACUAUCUUCUUGUGUCCCUGGCUGUGGCAGACCUCUCCGUGGCCAUUGUUGUCAUGCCCUUUGUUAUAGUGACAGACCUAACUGGGGGCAAGUGGCUUUUUGGGGAGGUGUUUUGCAACAUCUUCAUUGGUAUGGAUGUAAUGUGCUGCACAGCCUCCAUCAUGACACUGUGCGUGAUCAGCGUUGACAGGUAUCUGGGGAUCACCCGGCCCCUCACUUACCCAGCCAGGCAGAACGGACAGCUGAUGGCCAAGAUGAUCCUGGGGGUGUGGCUGGUGUCCGCCUCCAUCACCCUGCCCCCCUUCUGCGGUUGGGCCAAGAACGUCCACACGGGCGGCGUGUGCCUCAUCAGCCAGGACUUUGGCUACACCAUCUACUCCACGGCUGUGGCCUUCUACAUCCCCAUGCUCGUCAUGCUCUUUAUGUACUACAAGAUCUUCAGGGCCGCCCGCAAGAGCGGCCUCAAGCACCGCUUCACCGACUUCGCCCGGCGCGAGCGGCUGGAGACGGUGGCCAACGAGGCACUGAGGAUGCAGGGCCUGAAGCCGCAGGGCGUGGCCGAGGAGUGUGCGGUGCUGUCCCGUCUGCUGACCCGCGAGCGCCGCAACAUCUCCAUCUUCAAGAGGGAGCAGAAGGCGGCCACCACGCUGGGGGUGAUCGUGGGCGUGUUCUCCAUCUGCUGGCUGCCCUUCUUCAUCCUGUCCACGGCCAGGCCCUUCAUCUGCGGGGUGGAGUGCAGCUGUGUGCCCAUCUGGCUGGAGAGGUUCCUCCUCUGGCUGGGCUACGCCAACUCCCUCAUGAAUCCCUUCAUCUACGCCUUCUUUAACCGGGACCUGCGCUCCACCUACAAGGACCUGCUGCGAUGCCGCUACCGCAACAUCAACCGACGCCUGUCCGCCGUAGGCGUACACGAGGCCCUUAAGGUGUAGAAGGAAGAGGACAGUGACAAGGAGGAGGAGAGUUUGGGGCCCCAGAAGUGUCCGAGGAAUUUCUAAUCCUGUCUUCAUUGUAAAGACUACUGGUUACUACUAUUUGUGGUUGUAUAAUAGAGGCUCAGAGGGAUGACCUGCGACCUGUGGCUGUAGAUAAAGACAGAGACAGACUGUUAAUACCUCUCUAACCCGCAGUAGAGGCACAGAGACAAGGCCUUCACGUACGUCUGUGUCUGUCUGACUCACUCAGUCAUUCUAUUUUGGGACCCAAAACCAUAGACCGUAUUUGACGGGCUAUUCAAGUUGACACUGACUUUGUGCAUAUGCUACAAUACAGUCCUGACUUCAUAUUCAUGUCAGACAGAUGAUGCAUUGACUUGGGAAAUCACAUGCGGACCCAGGCGAUAAUUCUAGGUAAUUAGAAGCACAAUGAUAUUUGCUAAAUUGAUGCUUGGGCAGGGGGUGCCAUUGGCUAUUGACUUAAACCAGUGAAGGUCACGGAAUCUGUAUCUACGUAACUGUUUCCAGGUCAACUUGUCCGUGGUCCAGUAGGUGAUGAUGGUGAACAAUUGAAAGUGGUCUGUAUAGGUAUAUGUGAAUCUAUUAUUUUGUGGAGGCAGGUAAGUGUUUACUGUUCACCAACAAAAACACUGCAGAACAGAAAGCAUCCAUUGUCAGUUUAUGUUCAGACAUGCCUUUGAACACAUUUAUCUCUGCUGGCUAAUAUCACUUCAGUAUUAAAUAGCUAACUAAAACAAAGUCAACCCAAUGGACACCCACACAGACCCAAGGGAAACACACACAGUACAUGGCCAAGAUUAUAUAUUCAUUUGGAAUAUAAAUCGUAAUGUGAAUGAAGGCUAACAAACAAAAGUGAAUCUUGUAAUGUUACCACAAAGCACUUGAGGGUAGUAGGGAUAACAAGCAUGUAAUUAAAAGAGAGGUGGUACAACAAGUAGGCCUAAUGGUUAGAGUUGGAGAAUGUUCUGUAACUAGCUACAUACAUCUCUGAGAAAUGCCCAUUUACAAAAUCCACAGGAACCCUCACCAUUUCAUUUGGCAUUCAUUGUUCAGUGGAUUCUGCUUGAAGCUCACAUCUGUUUAACAUGCUAUGCAUUAUCCAUGGAAGAGCAGAAUGUUGUGCAUAGUCAAUUUGACAUAGCUCAGCAGCACAGUGGUUCAUACUUUACUUCACCCUAGCACACUUAGGCACAUAAGUGUAAAACAUAUAGAAGGUGCCCACUGGGCACACACUGGUUGAAUCAACUUUGUUUCCAUGUGGAACCAACGUGGAAUAGAUGUUGAAUUGACGUCUGUGCCCAACGGGUGAUGACAGAUCUUAAAAAUUUUCACAGAGUUCAGUGUUCACCACAUACACAAACAGUUAGUUGGUUGCACGAAACAGCCUGAUUUUCCCUACUGAUUUGAUUGUGUUAUAACAAAAGCUGAUCAAACUGUUCAACUAUAACCCAUUAAGGAAAAUGCACUCAUUGUGCUGAAAAGGUUCACCCAACAAGGAAUGAGUCCACCCAUCAAAGUCUUCAUCGCUAACGCCUGAAGCAGCAGGUGUUGCUACUUCUGCUCUCCGUCUCUCCUUCAUAGCAGGAUGUGGUCAAAACUUUUACGAACUCUGCAUCAACUUAAUUUGAUCACAACAACUCUGUUCUCUUGACAUUAUCUGUUUUAAUCGGUGUAAAAAUUGUAUAAUUGAAGCAGCGUGUGCUUUUCUCUACCUCGAUUUUAGGAAAAUACUUGUUAAUUAUUAUUGCAAACAGAUAUAUUCCUGGCUUGCACUCUAUUUUGUCAUAUGAUUCCUUGUUAUUUAAAGUGUCUAGUGUCGACGACAUUCAUUGACAUACCAACAGCUUUGCCAACAUUAUUCUCUAAAAUGUACCUGGAGAAAUG